GAGGCAAAUUUGACUUUGAAGACCUCAAUUGGAAGACAAGAUCGUACAGUGCACUAAGAGCUUAUCAGCAAAGCAAACUUGCUAAUGUGCUCUUCAGCAAGGAACUCGCUAGAAGAUUAAAAGACAAGAACGUGACAACAUACUCGCUACAUCCUGGUGUCAUCAGGACAGAGUUGGGCCGUCACAUGGACACAGUCUACUUCCGAGGUGCUCGCAAUCUGGCUGCCACGCUCGGCUACUUCUUCUACAAGACUGUAGACCAAGGCGCUCAGACAACCUUGCACUGCGCCCUGGAUGAGACUGCCGGCUCUCAGACUGGCUUGUACUACAGUGAUUGUGCUGUGAAAGAGCCUUGUGAACUAGCCAAAGAUGAGGAGCUGGCCAAGCGACUGUGGGAGGAGAGUGCUAAACUGACGGGAGUGGACUGGGAUCCCUUCACAGUGCAGGACUCUAACAAAUAACUGCCCUACAGAUACCUACAGAAGAACUAGAGUCUUCCAUACAAAUCAACCUGAGCUGGACUACUGGGUCUAAAAAUAGUUAUUACAAUGACAGUGGAAAUACGAGGACAGUGUAAGUACCGUUUUAAAGGGGUGCCAGAUUACCGGGGUUUUUAUGGUAGUGGAAUGAAAAAAAGACCCUCGGGUUAUUGGUAUUUAAUUUAAUUUUUUUAAAGUAGGUGGAAGACAUAAAGAAAUUUCGGUCACUAUAGCAUUGGAAGACGAUUGUAGAGGUCCUAUAACGUCCUAUAUCGUAAGAGUUCAAGGAAAUAAUUCACCACUAAACAAAUAAGAUCGCUACCAAUGAAUAUGCUAAUAAUAAUAACUAUCAAUAAUCUAGUGCACUUAACAUAAGACUGUUAUUUUUUACCACUGCUCAAUUUAAUUAAUUAAAAUAUUUAGAAAAAAAAUAGGUUAGGUCUAUAUUUGGAAUUAGAUUUUCUUAGCCAAAGCCUAUUGUUAUGAAUUUAUUGUAGUUGAAAAAAUUAAAUUGUUUAUAGUUUGAUUACUUUUUACUUUUUGUAAAUUUAAAUAAAUAGUCUAUUUGUUAAAAUUUAGAUUAAUUAUUUUAUAAUUUCUGUGUUGUUAUGUGUAAUGUAAAUAUGUGUUUUUACAAUCUUUGUCAAAUUAAAUAAUUUACU